AGAAUGCACUCAGUGCGCAAGGAUACAAGAGGAAACUAUAAGAAUUAAAUUAUAUCUCGCGUAAGAAUUUCACGAAAACAUUCAUUCGCGAGACACCCGGUAUAAGCGAGGGCAGCACAGCGCGCCUGGUCAGUUAUACGUGUCAAUUAUAGGCGUGGACAUACAGUACGUACAAAGUCACUGUAGAGGAGUCAAAUAUCUCUCGUAAUCAAGUUUGAUAGAGCUAAGAGCGAAAACGUCUUUCACGCUUUCCACGAAAUGGCCGUUGCAAAUCGUCUUGCCUUUUUUGUGACAACGUUAUUCCUUCUCUGCUGCAUCCAUCAAGGAAUGUCUAUCAAAUGUUGGGUAUGCAGAUCCGACUCGGAUCCAAAGUGCGCGGAUCCGUUUGACAAUUCCACUGUACCUAUUACGGACUGCAAGCAAGAACCCGAUCUGGAACAUCUUCCAGGCGUAAGACCGACAAUGUGUAGAAAAAUUCGUCAAAAAGUUAACGGAGAAUGGAGAUAUUUUCGUAGCUGUGCUUACAUGGGCGAACCUGGAAUCGCGGGUGACGAGCGAUUUUGCCUGAUGCGUACUGGAACGUACAACAUAUUUAUGGAGUACUGCACAUGCAAUAGCAAAGACGGUUGUAAUUCGGCGGGAUAUCAGCACGGAGAUUGGCUACUAUUGUUAAUCGGUUUCAUAGCGACCGCUCGAUACGUGUUUCUCGUUCGCGUUUGAUAUGUUCUAACCAAAGAUUUCUGACAGAUCUGAUUCAUUGGAUAGUAUAGACUUAGUAAGUAUAUUUAUAGGAAUUCGCGAUUUUCACUUGUACUUAUACUCCUCAAUACUCCUCACAUCUUUUAUACAUCGAGCUUCAGCGAAGGAGAGAACGAAUAAGAAAGAUGAAAGAAAAAGAAAAAAGGAAACAAGCAAGAUGUAUUACAAUGAUAUGAUAAGUAUAUUGAUAAGUGCUAUA